AUGGUAAAUCGGUUCCAAACCCUAGUCCCCAAAUCAUCCUCCUCCAUGGAUCCUAUGGCCGGCCUCGAGGACCCUCGCGCCACCACCAACGGCGACAACAACCACGUCUCCAAGAAGCUCAAACCCUCCUUCAUAACCGAUUCCGAAAUUCGGGAGGAGUUCGCCCACCACCAGCCCGGCGUCGCCCGAAUCAACAACGGCAGCUUCGGAAGCUGCCCUGCCUCCAUCAUCGCCGCCCAGAAGAGGUGGCAGCUCCGCUUCCUCCGCCAGCCCGACGAUUUCUUCGUGAAUCACCUCCAGCGCCAAAUCCUCCAUUCCCGCACCGUCAUCAAGGAUCUCAUUAAUGCCGACCACGUUGACGAGGUUUCCAUAGUGGACAACGCCACCACAGCCGCCGCCAUUGUUCUUCAGCAUGUUGGUUGGGCCUUUGCCGAGGGCCGCUUCCAGAAGGGCGAUGCUGUUGUCAUGCUCCACUGCGCUUUCCAGGCCGUCAAGAAGUCCAUCGAGGCUUAUGUUACCCGUGCCGGGGGCUCUGUCAUUGUUGUCCACUUGCCCUUCCCUGUCAAUUCCAACCAAGAAAUCAUAGGUGAGUUUCGGAAAGGUUUGGCAAAAGGUCGGGCUAAUGGUAAGAAGGUAAGGCUGGCCAUAAUUGAUCAUAUAACAUCAAUGCCCUGCGUUGUCAUUCCUGCCCGUGAGCUGGUUGAAAUUUGUAGAGAGGAAGGCGUGGAGCGUGUGUUUGUAGAUGCCGCUCAUGCUAUUGGUAAUGUCCAUGUUGAUGUAAAGGAUAUCGGAGCUGAUUUUUACGUUAGCAAUUUGCACAAGUGGUUUUUCUGUCCUCCGUCUGUUGCAUUUUUGUAUUGCCGGAAGUCGCCUGUGUCCCCUGAUUUGCACCACCCUGUUGUUUCCCAUGAAUAUGGAAAUGGGUUGGCCAUAGAGAGCGCAUGGAUUGGAACUCGAGACUACAGUUCCCAACUGGUUAUUCCUGAAGUUUUAGAAUUUACUAAUAGGUUUGAAGGAGGUGUUGAGGGAAUCCGGAAGAGGAACCAUGACAAAGUGGUGGAGAUGGGCCGAAUGCUGGCCAAGGCUUGGGGAACCAUUCUUGGUUCGCCACCAGAGAUGUGCCCGAGCAUGGCUAUGAUUGGGUUGCCAUCAAGAUUAAGAGUUUUAUCUGAUGAUGAUGCUUUGAACUUGAGAACACACUUGAGAGACAAUUUUGGUGUGGAAGUGCCCAUACACUAUCAGGUUCCAAGAGAUGGUGAGAUUGGCUUCUCGGAUGGUGAUGGAUGUGUAACUGGGUAUGUCAGGAUUUCUCAUCAAGUGUACAAUACUCUUGAUGAUUAUAUCAAGUUGAGAGAUGCCAUUACUCAACUUCUUCAUGAUGGAGUGACUUGCGAGGUGAUAUCGGGAGUCUGA